GGGAGAAGUCUUAUAGGGGGGCGGGGGGGAAAGGGAAGCGGUUAGACAAGCCUUUCCUUCAGCUGCCACUGCCGCCGACGCCGACGUCGCUGCCGCCUCCUUCUAACCAUCCCCCCGGCAUUUGUCCUAGACCCACCGCACCCUAUACCGGCCCUGCCAGGCGAAAGUCGCGUUCCGGCUUCAGAUUUCGCAGCGCUCAAAGGGAGACGGAUAGGCUGAGAGGAGGGUCCAUUGAGCGAGGCGAAAAGACUCGAGCCGGGGCGGGGACCGGGGUCGGAGGCUCCCGGGAGAGCGGGAGCUGAGGAGAGAGGAAGGAAGGCAGGCAGGAAGGAAGGCCCCCAGCGCGAGCCACCCCCUCCCCCCCGACGCCGCCGGCUCUCGUCACCCGGGUCCCCCUCCCCGCAGGUCCGUGCCGCCACUGCUGCUCCCGCCGAGGCGGCGGCGGCGUAGUCCGCGUAGGCUGCCCCUUUCCGCCGCCCGCCCCUAGGGGGUCGCCGGCUCCCCUCUCCAGCUUUCCUGCGCCCGGCUCCCCCUCGGCCCCAGUCAUGGCGUGCGGAGCCACUUUGAAAAGGACUCUGGAUUUCGACCCGCUGCUGAGCCCGGCGUCCCCCAAGCGGCGGCGAUGUGCGCCAUUGUCGGCACCCGCCUCGGCCGCCGCCUCCCCGUCGUCGUCUGCAGCCGCCACCGCCGCCUCCUUCUCGGCCGCCGCCGCCUCACCGCAGAAAUACCUCCGGAUGGAGCCGUCCCCCUUCGGCGAGGUCUCUUCUCGCCUUACUACAGAACAAAUUCUGUACAACAUAAAACAAGAGUAUAAACGUAUGCAGAAGAGAAGACAUUUAGAAACUAGCUUCCAACAGACAGAUGCUUGCUGUUCUUCUGAUUCACAGCCACAUGCAUUUCUCCUCAAUGGACCAGCUUCUCCAGGCACUUCAUCUGCAGCAUCAUCACCAUUAAAAAAAGAACAGCCCCUAUUUACUCUAAGGCAGGUUGGGAUGAUCUGUGAACGUUUGCUGAAAGAACGUGAAGAAAAGGUUCGUGAAGAGUAUGAAGAAAUAUUGACCACAAAACUUGCAGAACAAUAUGACGCAUUUGUGAAAUUUACGCAUGAUCAGAUAAUGCGACGAUAUGGAGAACAGCCUGCUAGUUAUGUUUCAUGAAUCACGUUUCCUGCAUUUGUGGGCUGCCCAGUUCCCUGUUGAGUUGUUGCAAGUGGUCCCAGUUAAGACUUGCAGCAAUGCCAUAUUUCUUCCCCUCCCCCUGUGAACACAGGUUAUUUCAAGCUUUUGUCAGUGGCAACCACUCUUAGGCAGCAACUGAUUUUGGAGUGCUCCCUGAUGUCAAUACCAUCUGGAUGUGGACUGUUGCUACCUGUAUUAAUACCAGUGGCCUCAUUUGCUGUAUCAUUACAAUUUGGCUUCUUAUGUUAAUGAUAUGUUUGAAAAAGAUUAAAACUGGUGUUCUAGAAAAUGCCCUUCAUUGGUUGUGUAAAUAAAACUGUAGAAUGACACUUCGGAUUGAAGUUAGUGUGGUUUUAAUAACUGUGCACUACAACCAACCUGUAACCGUCAUUAAUAACUUAGAAUGUAAUCCCAGGACAAUUAAGCAAAUAGCCCGCAGUACUAUCUGUGAAAUAUAGUGAAGAAGGAGAGCAUUUCUGUAUUCCAGGACUUUGGGGGUGGGGUAGUUAAGAAUGGGUUUAUAUGAUUUCUUGUUUUGUAGUUUUUAUUUAUUCUAUCAGUCUUUUAACAAAUGUUUAUUGCUGCAUUUUUUUUUUUUCAGUGUAUCAUUGUUUUACUGCCCUUGUAGUACUGGAAUUUAGUUGGAAAAAUAAAACAUUUACUUCUAAUUUGUUUGUUUUUAAUGUGCAGAUGGGCUUUGUGCAGUGAACAAAUAAAAUUAAUAUUUGAAAUGCAAGCAUUUCCUAAGUGAAGGAACUGGAAGUUCUCAGAAUGAAGUUUAUCUCAAGUAAUCAAUGAUUUAGUGUUACUGUUUAAAACUUGGCUGAGUUGUUUUCUGGUCCUGAAGCAAUUUUCUACCUGAUUGCAGUGAUAGGAUUUGACUGGCACUAAAUUGCAGCUUAUACUUUUAGCUUCAGAAUUGUAAAUUUCAGUAGAAUGAAAAAGAUUUUGGGGAGGUUUUGAAGGUUAGUUAUUGGCAUGAACAAAGAUCUGAAAAUUUUUUUUUUAUCACUUGUUAAAAAUUUAACUUUUAAGUGCUGUUUUUAAGGGUGUUUUUUAUUUUUUGUUUUGUUUUGAAGCUAUGCCAGGGAUAAAUCAUUAUGCUAAAUUCCAGUAAUACAUUUGGCCAUAAAUAAUUGAAAAUGGGUUAACUUUUGGAAAUAUCCUAAGUGCAGCUUACUUUUUAAAAAUUAAAUACAUUUUAAAAUGUGCUUUCUGUAACAAAGCAAAGAGAUGUAUUUGAUGCUAUACCUUUUCCUUCCCCCUGGUGGCUUAUGUUGUUUUUCAUUAAUACUUGAAAGUAUUGGUUGUAACCUAAUGAAGACUAAAGGGGGGAAAGGAGGCAUGAAUGGAAGGGUAAUAAAUACAGUGACCCUGGGCUGUGGUUGUAAAUGUCACUUCAUCCUGUUUUCCUAGUCACUAACUUCCACACCUGGAAUUUUAGUGCCAACACAGUUGUAUUAAAAAAUCAGUAAUAGGGCUAUUAGGGCUACUUUUUAUACUUGAUACAGGGCGACACCAGUAUCUCACUAAAAGGAAAAUCAGUGCCUUUUUCCUUCCUUUUCCCCCUAUUCCACAAGGAAUGAUAUGACUUUUUUAGGUCACAGCAUUAAUAUAGUACAUUUUAGAUUUUAUUAAAGUACAGAAAUAAAAUUUCAUCUUAAUGAAAUUUCAUUAGAACAAAAACUUUGCCAAAUCUCAGUUUAUGGCCUUUCUUAAGCCACAAAAUUUGGGCAUUCUCUUAGAAUUCAUUUUAAUGGGAUUUGGAUAAUUGGAAACACUUUCUUCUAGUGAUGGGCCAGAUAUUUAGUUAGAUUUGAUAAGUCUCUCCCAGCCCCUUUCCCUAACCCCCUCACUUUCAGGCCUGUUCUCUUUGGAAUUACUUUUGUAGUGUUUUGCUAUUGACAGGUUGGUGAUUAAAGUAAUAGCUAGCUAGUCAGUGCUGUUAAUAAUUUAAAAGUAUUCUGUUACUAAGACCUAUCAUUUGUAGAUAUUGUAGGUAGCACACUGGCAAGCAGUUUUGUUGUUUUUGGUUUUUUUUUUUUUAAAACAAACUUAAAAUUUAGCUUCCCAUGGCCUUUUAGAACUCUCAAAUGGUGCUGUGAGAAAUAUGUUGCUCUAAUGUGAAUUAGUGCCAUAAAACCCUGUUUAACCAGAACACUCAAAUAUGCUUUGGGGGAGGGGGGAAGUCAAAGGGUUUUGGGGGUGGAGUGGGUGGGUGGGGGUAGGAGUUGCCUUUGAGGGAGAAGUCAAUCACAAAGCAUAUGAAUCUCAGGGAUUUAUUCUAACAUCUUCCAGGGUAUUUCUUGGCCUCAGUAUAGAUUCCAACCAGUCCCCUGUAUACUUUUGUAUAUACCUACACAGAGGCAAGUAAGUAGACUACUGUUUUAGACUUUUUCCAACACUUAAUAGGUAAACCCUUCCAAAAAAAAAAAUAACCCAGUUAGACUAUUUUAUUUUUAAAGUGUUUAGUUAAUUAUACUUUUACUUCAUCAUAAAUAAGGGAAUCGGGGCAAAUUGAAUGGCUUAGUCUAGUUUUUUCCCUCCAUGAUAAGCUGCCAUGGAUAAGGUAAGAGAGAGGCUUUGUACUUGCUUCUCAUGUAAUAUAAAAGCUAUUACCAAAAACAAAUUGACCUUGACCAAAUGUGAACACAAGAAAAUUUCUGAUUUCUGAAAUGAAAAUCAGACCUAGUAUUUGGACAAGUGAAGCAAAAUGGGGCUACUUUUAAACACUAUAGAAAAGGUAGCUAAAAAUAGAAGAAUCACAUGACAAACCUUUUCUAUAGUACAGCUUUGUUUACUUCUAAUUGUACCACUUGUAUUUUUUUCCCCUCUCUUAAGCAAGUACAUGUUUGAACUUGGCUAAGCUGCUAUAAAAGAAACCCUUUAAUAAAAAGGGUUAAAUUUCAGUUGUAAGAUGAGGACAUUGACUCUCUUCCAGCUUUGAUUUGAUAUCUUUGUUAUGUAUGUCUCAAGUACUGUGCAGAACAAAUUAAUCGAUUCCUUCAUAAAGGUACUGUCUCUAAUUUGAAUGGCUAUUUUAAUCAUGUUUAAAGCUUGUAUUAAAUAUUAUUCAGUACAUUUGUGGAAGUAUGUCUGUAAUCAAGUUCUUAAAAACUAUCCAAAAUUAAGAGGUAGGUGGGGAAGUCUAUAAACUCUUAAGGAAAUGAUCAAUUCUGACCAUUCCCAUGGGACUAUGUUUUCAAAGUAGAUAUAUUUCAAACACAAAGAAUUUCAUCACAUAUAACUUCCACAGACUUACUGAUUUUUAAAGAUGGAAGGGAUCUUAGAAAUCAAGUUUCAUAUGUCUUAAUUUUUUAUAAGGAAAAUGAAGCCCACAGUAGAGAGUACUUGACUGGCCAGGGCAAGUGAGCCAUACCAGGAUCUGAACCAACGUUGUUUUCAGAUGUCAAAUCCUAAGUUCUCUACCAUGAAGACUUGAGGGUUUUGGUUUUUGUUUUUUGAUAAUGUCCAUUUUCACAGACUAGGAGCCAAAAUCCUGGUCUAAAAUUUUUUCCUUCUACAGUACCUCUGUGAGAGAGAACUCUUCUGUUUGGACAUUUUAUUAGGCUACUUAAUUUUUUAAGAAGGACGAGGGACAUGUGAUAAGUUAUUUUUUCUUUGUUUAGGCACCUUUUUUUUUUCAAUUUUUAGGGAGAAGAUGAUAGGGAUAUAAAGCUGGGACUGAACUUGAAAAAAAAAAGAACUUUGAGAAUCUUAUGCUCUAUCCUACUUCCUCUUAAAAUAUUAAUUUCUUAGCAACACCAAAGCAUUUUACUUUACUCAAAUUUUGACCUACAACAAUCUGGGAUUUGAAACUAGGCCUUUAUAUGAUUGAAUUUAUUACCUAGAAUGUCACCUCUAUUAAGAAAUGAAAUGACUUAAGUUUACAUUGUACAUUUAAGAUAAUUCUGAAAUUUCUACACUGAUAAGACUGUUAAAACAUUUCUGAGACAGUCAUUUUUUCUUACUAAAGGCUGUUGCAUCCAUGUAACAAUGGAAUUACUUUAUACACAGCCAUGCAUAUAUAUUGUUCUUAUUUCCUUAAAUAGAAGCCUUCUGUAAUGGCUUAUAGAUUCAAGUAGAAUUUAGUAUUACCUAUCAGGAAUUUUGCUAUCUGGCAGCCUCACUAAAAAUGGCCUUUGAGUAGCCAUAAUAAGAUUCCCCAAAUCCCUUAUACUUAAUCAGUGAGUCCUUCAGCCCAUUUCACACACAUACACACCCAUGUCUAAUAAGCUUGGUUAACUGAUUUCUGACCCUCUCCCCAAUUUUUUUAAAUUUUUUUUUAAAAGAGAAAAAGGAAAGGGGGAACCACUACAGCUAAGCCCACUGAUUGAUAGCAAGAGUAGAAUCUGACAAAACCAUUGUUUCUACUUAAUCCAUCAGGUCUUUCCUCCCUUUCCCCCUCCAUAGAUCAUUAAUAUACUUAUAGCACGGUACAAUAGAUGUUCAUGAUAAUGCUGAACUAUCAGAAGAUUAAAUUGUAUUCCAUAUGCUAUUGAAGAAGGUAGGAAAAUACAGAUAAAAUUUGAUAUUAGAAGGGGUAAAACCUUCAGCUCUAUUCAAGGGUUUUUGAUAGCUGGGGAUUUACUGUACCAUUUCAUCUAGGAUAUAAGAUUACAUAGUCUACUAACAGCUUUGUUUAGAAAAUUAUAGGGUCUACUGAAUGUGAUGUGCUUUGAAUGUUGAUUGAAGCUGUCUUUUUGGGAAAAUGUUUACUGACACAGGAGUACUUGUAUUGGAAUAUUUAACAUACUGAUAUUCAUAAUAAAAUGACCUUUCCACACAUUGA